ACAAACCAUGUCUAUUUCUUUUUGGUAGAGCAUGAAGAUAGUUACAACGAGUUCUUCAUCUGUGAUUUUUUUUUUAGAGUAAGGUUUUGAUUUAUCUAAUGUUGAAGAUCGUUAUGCUCUUUAAGUCACCGACACCAUUUCCAAGCUUGCAUAGGAAAGUUUUUAUGCUCACCCUAGUGAGAUUGUAUCAGAAUUGAUUUGGGAAUUUUACAGUCACCUCACGUCCAAGGACCAGCCCCUAGUAUCUGUGAGGGAGAAAAUGGUUCAUUGGUGGUCGAAUGUCAUAAACAAGCACUUUGGUAUUACUAAAGCAGAGGACGAACACACCAAGUUCGUUGCUGACCUCACCAAGGAGGACUUGGAGAUGAUAUAUGAUGACAUCUAUCUUCCAAGAUCCGAGUGGAACAAGUCUACCACCGGUGCUUGCACAAUCUAGAGGAAGCAUCUUAAUCUGCCAACAAGGCUCUUCCAGCAUUACUGAAGCAUCAGAUAAGGAUGAAGACGAUAUCGUUGACAAGAUUGUUGUUGAUGAGGGUGAUAAAAUUGAGGAAAAGAUUGUUACAGACUAUAAGGAUGACAAUGAAUCUGAAGAUGUUGACACCAUAGAUCAGGAUGAAGAGAACCAAAGCUACGAAAAUGAAGCAAGACAAUCUUUUAACUUGAAUGAUGACAAAGCUGCUAGGGAUGCAGUUACAUAAGAAGAAAAGUAUAUUCUUGUCGCCAACAUUAUCAAGGAUGUUUUUGAGAGCAUUUUGAAGGGAAUAAAAGAAAGUUUAGCCAAAUAGGAUCUUGUUGUGUCACUGGGUGACACGCAAGGGGUGUUGGAAGAAUUUAUUGAGCAAGCAUCUGCUACUAAUCCCUAAGAAGAAGUUGAUGUUGCAACAUCGCUGAAUCCAACCCCUACUGAUGUUGUGGCCACUACCACCACAUCGCAUAUCAGCAAGAAGAGGAAGUUGAAAAUGAAGAAGGUUACUACUGCCAAGAAGACUCACCCAUGUUCUGCCAGCCCAAGAAAGACUUGUUAG